UCCAGAACGGAAGUGAAGGACUUCGGCUCCAAAGAAUCUCAAGCAAGCAAGAUUCCUUCUCUCCCUUCAAGGGAAAUAAUCAGCAGGACAUCCGGAAUCACAAUGGCCUUUCGUGAUGGCUUGUCUCACACUCAGCAGAUACUUCUGGCAAUCUGCUGCUUCCCGCUGCAGCCCUUCUAUCUCUGCUACCGAUGCUUUGCAAGGCACAAGGAGGACAAAGAGAAGCCUGACACGCUUGCAGCUCAUGUGGAAGAAGGGAAGGCAAAGAAAACAGACAGACAACCCAGAUUCAAAGAUGUUCGGGUCUUUCCCAGCCUGACAGUGCAAGAUAAUGAAGGCUUUCAAGUUGAUGGGAAACAAGGACCACGGCUGCCUGAGGAACAAAAUUUGUAUGCUUAUCCAUGGGAUAAAUCUGCUCUGAAAUCAAUGUCAAUAGACCUGAGACAGUUUGAGAGCUUGGAGGCCUAUGCAGCAAAGGUGAAUGUCCAGAACAGUGUGGAAAACCUGGUGACUGCGUUGCUCCAAGAAGCCCACAAUGUCCUGGAGAAAGUCCGAGCCAUUUGGAUAUGGAUUUGCCAUCAUAUAGAAUAUGAUGUGGAAGGCUUGCAUGACACAGCCAAGCGAUUUUGUCAGCCAGCAGAUGUUUUUCGAUAUAGAAAGAGUGUUUGUGCCGGAUACGCUGCACUCUUUGAAGAAAUGUGCAGUAUUGCAGGGAUCCAGUGCAAGACACUCUCAGGCUACAGCAAAGGGGGAAGAUAUAAACCAGGACACGUCUUUGAGGGGGAGUCUGAUCAUGCCUGGAACGCUGUUUUCCUCCAUGGAAGGUGGCACCUUUUGGACUGCACGUGGGGAAGUGGGACUGUUGAUCACUCUUGUAACAAGUUCACUUUCAGAUAUGAUGAGUUUUACUUCCUGACCCAUCCCGCUCUGUUUAUUGCCGGUCACUUUCCAGAAGACCAUGAGUGGCAGCUUCUGAAACCCAGGCUGACUCGGCAGCAGUUUGAGCACAAUGUAUAUUGUAGAUCUGAAUUUUACUCUGAGGGGAUGGUUGCGGCAUCUCCCCAAACAGGAGUCAUUCGAACAGAAAAUGGCAAAGCAACCAUUUUUGUUGAGACUCACUCUCCAGCACUGUUCCUGUUUAAACUAAAUGAGGCAAAAGAGAAUUGUUUAUUGACACUCCAGAAGAAUGGGAUGAAGCUAGAAGUGUAUCCCCAGCAGACAGGAACCCAUUGUUUGCAGAUCUAUGCAAAACACUUCCAUGACAAGAAAGAAAACUACAGUCUCGUGUUAGAAUACUCACUGAAGUGCAGCGCUGUGGACAAGAGCAUCUCUUUGCCCCGGGACCUCAUCCAACCAGUGGGACCCAGUUGGCUCACGGAGCAGGCAGGGAUCCUGAAGGCCUUGCCUCCUGCUCCAGUUAUCCACACAGAAGAUGGGCGCUGUGUUGUCACUUUCAUUCGGACUAAAGAUCUGGAUUUCUUUGCCACACUCAAGUCCGAUAACAGCAGGUUGCCAGAGAACACAAUGAGGCGUCACAUCUGGAAAACCUGUCGAGGGAACCAGGCCGAGUUAAAGAUUCACCUUCCCCAUGCGGGGAAAUUUGCUCUUCUCAUCUGGGCCAAGAAGGCAUCUGAUCCAGGUAACCACCAGUGUGCCCUCAGCUACCUCCUCUCCUGCCCAAACAAGAGUGUGACGUGGCCGGUUUUCCCACAGAGCUAUACAAACUGGGAGGACGACUAUGAGUUAUUGGCACCUCUUGCGGGUAUCCUGCCAGCCAACUGCCAGGUGCAGUUUAAACUGAAGCUGCCAGGCAUAUUCAAAGCAAGCGUUGAAUGUGGUGGAAAGACUCUCCCCCUGACUCUGAGUGGAGCUGGUUUCUGGGAGGGAGCCUGUAACACCUCAGGUGGGACAACGGUGACUGUCAGGAUCUCCAAGGAAGCUGACAAUUGUUUGUGGUCUUUGCUAGAGUACAAAGUGAAGACUCGUUAGGAAGGAUCAUAGAUAAGCCAUUAAUGGGACAGACUCUUCAGUCAAGAUUUUCAACCUGUGCAUUAUGGACCACCAAUCCAGCCUUCAGAUGCUCUGUUAGUAAAAGCAUUAUAGUAAAAUCAUUACGCACACACCCCAGUUCCCAUCAUUCCAUCAUAGUGUGACCAAAAGACACAAAUCCGUGUUGCCACACAGAUUGAUGGUGGCUUGAUUUUCAACAGCUAGGAUUAUUCGGAGCAGGAAACAGGCUGUACCCACACUUAACAGUCUUACUUUAUCCUGUACCAGUGAGUGACUUUUCUGAGGAUGCCCAAAGGGCAGUUUGGAACUCCACUGCUUAAGCCCCAAACCUGCUUUCCAUUCUGACACUUAUCACUCAGCCUGCACUGAAGGUUUGGGUAGGGACUGUAGUGUGUCCUUUGCAGGGUACAAACC